CGUAUGCAUUAUUCUUCUUUUGUUUCUGUUGGCUUUGCAUUGUCGUCGUUUUCUUAUUCUUGUCUCAUUUUUUCUCUACCUUUUGUUCCUUCUCUAAAUUCCUUUUAUGUUCAUUUUUCAUAAUGCAGUUUUUUUCAAAAAAAAAAGAAAAAGAUUAUAGUUGUUAGUUGUGUUUGUGUUUGAUGAGAAACAAGAAAAGAGAGUGAAAAGAGAAAAGAGGUAGAAGAGAAGAGAAAAGAAGAAUCUGAGUAGAGGAAAAAAAUUGAACAAAAAAGUUGGAAUCGUGUUGGAUGAGGUGAGAGCAAGAACUAAAUUUUGUUUGAGCGUCAAGCCCCCACCCCACACGUUUCUAAGAACAAGAUGGUAAUUUUAAAUACAACUAAUAUAAGCAAAAUACAAUUUCUCGAGGAAAUAUGAAACUUCAUUCCAGGCUUCAAAGGAAAAAAGAAAAAAAAAAAAAAAAAAAAAAGAAAGUAAAACGAUUAGAACGUGAAUUGCACGUCACUAGACAAAACCAUCUUUUGGUAGAGAAAAACACGUGAUUACAAAAAACAAACGAAACCCAAGUAAAUAUAUAUAAAAAAAAAUAAAUAAAUAAAAGAAAUAGAAAAAUCUAAAAAAAUUGGGUUAGCGGGCAAACAAGAAACCCUUGUUUCGAUCCCCCAAAACCCCCCACCCUUUCUCCCAUCUUCUUUCUUCUUCUUCCCUUCCCCAUUUUUGAAGAACCAACCAGCACCUCUGACCAACAUUUGCUUACCCAUGGCCAGCGCUGAUGUAGAGGCUGUCGACUUUGAACCUGAGGAAGAUGACCUCAUGGACGAGGAUGGAGCCGCCGAAGCCGAUGCCUCCCCACGAGCUCCAUUUCCUAAGCUCAAAUCCGCCAUUACCGGCGGCGCAUCUUCCUCGCUUUCUGGUGGUCCAAAGAAGACUAAGGGUCGUGGAUUUCGAGAGGAGUCUGAUCGAAACACCCGCCUUGCUGGGUCGGACUUCGAUUCCCUCAAGUCUGCUGAUGGCCCUGGCCCCCAACGAUCUAUUGAAGGAUGGAUCAUUCUGGUAACUGGUGUACAUGAAGAGGCACAAGAGGAUGAUCUACAAAAUGCAUUUGGUGAGUUUGGGGAGAUAAAGAAUUUGCAUCUAAAUCUCGAUCGUCGUACUGGGUUUGUCAAGGGAUAUGCGUUAAUCGAAUACGAGAGUUUUGAGGAAGCAGAGAAAGCAAUAUCUGCCAUGGAUGGUGCUGAACUUCUGACCCAAAUUAUCAAUGUUGAUUGGGCAUUCAGCCAUGGACCCAUCAGAAGGAAGAACGCAAGGCCUGCUCGAGAACGACGUUCGAGGAGCCCUAGGAGAAGAUACUGAUCUUGAGGUGUAGAAACUCGAUGUGUGGUGUUUUUGGAUUUUAAUUGGAAAGGUGUUUUUCUUGUGGAUUGGAUUAGGAGAAAUGUUUCUACUGAGCUCUUACUCAAUUAUCUCAAGAUUCCCCUGGUUUCCAGCCUUUGUUUCUCGAUCGUUGAUGUGAAUUGAUGAAUUGUAUGUAACUUAGAGGAUUUGAGGUCCAUGAUUUUCUUUUUUCUUUUCUUUUUUUUUUUUGGAUUAAUUGAGGUCUUUUCCAUUUUGUGUUGAAUAUCUGCUAUUAUAUAUAUAUUUUUUGUUUUAAA